GCUCGCGAAUGACGUGUUUGUGUAUCCUCAGUGUUUUUCUAUCUUGACUCUAAACUCUAAAGAUUUUGUCUGUAACGCUGGAGAACAGCAGCAGAUCCUGCAGACCACACUGAAGAUGUGUUCAGUUAAACUGGAGGACUGCAGGAACCUGAUGAUGGAGAUAAAAACAGAACCCACAGCAGAUGAAUAUGAAGACGAUCAUAAUGAUGUUCAUGAGUUUAUUCUCACAGACGUGAAGAGUGAGUCAUGUUGUGAUGGAGAAAUAACGCCCUCAACAUCAGAAGAGCGACUGACAGCACAAACUCAAGAGAAGAAACUUCAUUCAGAAGAGCAAAGAGAGACGAAGAAGAAGCCGUUUAACUGUGAGCAAUGUGGGAAGGAUUUUGAGUUCUUAUUUCAGCUGAAAGGCCACAUGAAGGGACACAGUGGUGAAAAACCUUUCCACUGCAAUGAUUGUGGCAAAUACUACAGCAGCAAAAAAACUCUUGAUGUUCAUCAGAGACUUCACAAAGAAGAGAAACCUCAUCCCUACAGUGUUUGUGGGAAGGGUUUUAAUCAGCUUCAAAGUUUAGUGAAACACCAGAGAACUCAUACAGGUUCUUACAAAUGCUCUCAUUGUGACAAGACGUUUACUCGUUCAAGUCACUUAAAAAUCCACGAGAGAAUUCACACUGGGGAGAAACCUUUUGUCUGCUCUGACUGUGGAAAAAGCUUCUCUGACCCAUCUCAUUUCAGAGUUCAUCAGAGAGUUCACACUGGAGAGAAACCUUACGUCUGCUCUCAGUGUGGUAAGAGCUUCUCAAAUUCAGGUAAUUUGAUUGUUCAUCAGAGGCUUCACACUGGAGAGAAACCUUACGUCUGCUCUGACUGUGGAAAAAGCUUCUCUGAUCCAUCUCAUUUAAGAGUUCAUCAGAGACUUCACACUGGAGAGAAACCUUACGUCUGCUCUCAGUGUGGUAAGAGCUUCUCUAAUCCAGGUACCCUGAGUGUUCAUCAGAGACUUCACACUGGAGAGAAAUCUCAUCACUGCAUUGUUUGUGGAAAGAGUUUUUAUCAGCGUGAACAUUUAGCGGUACACCAGAGAACUCAUACAGGUGAAAAACCUUACAAAUGCUCUCAGUGUGACAAGGCGUUUACUCAUUCAAGUUCCUUAAAAAUCCACGAGAGAAGUCACACUGGGGAAAAACCUUACGUCUGUGCUCACUGUGGAAAAAGCUUCUCUAAUCAAUCUCAUUUCAGAGUUCAUGAGAGAGUUCACACUGGAGAGAAACCUUACGUCUGCUCUCACUGUGGAAAAAGCUUCUCUUAUCAAUCUCAUUUUAGAGUUCAUCAGAGACUUCACACUGGACAGUAAUCUCUGCAGUGCACCAGAGAUCUCAUACAGCUGAAAAACCUUAAAAAUGCCCUUAGUGUAACAAGACCUUAACUACGUCAAGUUCCUUAAAAAUCCAUCAAAGACUUCACACUGGGAGAAACCUCAUCACUGUAGGGUUUGUGGGAAGAGUUUCAGUCGACAUGACGAAUUAGUAACACACCAGCAAACUCAUACAAGUGAAAACUUCAUAAAUGCUUUCAGUUUGAUAAGACGUAUGUUAAAUCAGUUGGCCUGAAGACCAAUGACAUGUUCACACUUGAGAAAAACC